AUGGCCUCUUUCAAAGAAACCUCCGUCUCCCGCCCCGUCCCGCAUAUGGGUACACCUGUCCGACAGCCUCAAGCUCAACGAUCGCACUCUCACUCCAUAUCUCUGGGUGCCAUUAAUGCCAACCACCGUGUGACUCGUCGGAAAAGCAUGAGUCGCAGGGGAACCGAAUCAACCUCCAUUGGGGCCACCUCAGGCUUCAGCUCAUACCUUUCGCGCGGAAUCCACGCAGCUAGCCCCGACAGCAUUCCCGGACGCAAACCCUCCCCCGUCGUCAUCGACGAGAACAUCGCAGUUGAAGGGUCUGGCCAAGAGGACAAGCACGUCGCUACUAAGAACCGCAAUCGACGAGCCAGUGAAGGCUCGCACUUGGUGCGCGGAGAAGGCAAGCGCGUGUCUAAGGAAAUCCGUUGUGAUCAAUGCGGCAAGGGGUAUAAGCACAGCAGUUGUUUGACCAAGCACAUGUGGGAACACAAUCCGGCAUGGGCUGUUACGUCGAAACUUUUGAUUUCCAAGCACCAACAGGUGCAGCUACUUGAGGCAGCUACUGUGUUGGUGGCCAUGAACCAAGAGACUGCCGACGCAGCUGCAGAGGUCACCGCGGCGGCGGCGGCAGCAGCAUCGGUGGAAGAAACCAACGAAAUCGAGUCGGACAUGUCUUCCGCGUCUCCCGGUGCAUCUUCUGAUAUCCACGAUGGUAUCAGCUCUGCAGAGACGACUCCGCCGCCCAUGGACGAGGACGACGAGAUUGAGUUGGACGAGAAACCGUACAUUCGCAACGGCAGCUACAGCUUCAACCACCCUUCGGCAUUCUCUCGAUCCUACCAGUCCGUUGCAUCCAGCUCGUAUGCGGACAACGGCUCUCUACACUCUCCUGCAUUUUCUCACUUCCGCCAUUCCAGCAUCGACACUCGCCCGUCGACUGCAGAGACUACGGGCAUCCACGAGGAAGACAGCGAGGCGAGUGACCUUGCAGCGGCCAUCCGACUGUGCAAUUUCGGGACCCCUCGUUCGAACGCCGUCGCUGGAUCGUCUGAUGUUCCACCCGUACCUCCUCUCCCAGCUCGCUAUUUGAGCCAACAAAGCGGAAUCAGCAACGCCGGCAGCCUUGGUGUCCCCGGAUCUAACGCGGCUGUUUUUGGAUCGUUUUCCCUCGAUCCCUCGCAAUCCUACAAAGUUUCGGACGAGCGAGACGUGAAGAUGGGUGACGCAGAUCGCGAGUCGAGACAUCGCCGCAACAACGACGUCGACUUUGGCAGUCGCCAAAUGCACGAUGACGAUGAUGACGGUGUCUUUGGACGAAUGGAAGAGUAAUACUAUCUCCUGUCUACUCGCUAGAAGAUUUUAUCUUCUCUUCGAUCGGUCAUACCAUACCAUCCACAUCCGCUACGACACUGUACGAACCCAAUUGCUUCUUGCCUUGACUUUCUGUCCCUCUUUUGGAUACUUUUUUUUUUUGCGUCAUGUUUUUCUUUUGUAUGUGUCUAGCCAAAGCAAACAUCAUUCAUAACUAGUGUAUGUAUACGUGUAUGUAUGUGAAUACGCACGUCGUUCCACCCUUUUUUCUUAUUGACAAACUGAAUAGGCAUUUUCAGCGUGUAUUAUGCUAUUA